AUGGACAGGUUUGGCGAUCAGAUCGCGUUCCAGUCAAUAAGUGGAGACUACCUCAGUGCAGAGGGGGAUGAGAUAGUCACACGCCGGUACUGUAGCACCUUUGAGCGCUUCUCCGUCGUCAAGCAGGACACCCAGUAUGCCUUCCGCGCGGCGUCCGGGAAGUUCCUGAGCGUCAGUGACCGCGCGCCUUUCGUCACACUGGCAGAUGCACCGGGUGACACAGAGUCCUUCCAGCUCUUCUCCUUGAUGAUCAACGGUGUGAACGUGGGACAUCAGCUAGAAUUGCUCGAUAGGCAUGGCUGCAUUAUGAUAAACGAUGUCCUUGACGCUGAGCAGCUGCAAGAGCUGCGAAACGUCGUGGACGAGGAGAUGGCUCGCCUUGGCCACGGACGCUGCCCUGAAGUGCGGCUGCAGUCCAUGCAAACCAGAUCGAGAGGCCUGGCAGAGCUGGCGACGCACUCGCUCGUGAUGCAGUUAGCAAGGCGGUUGCUCUCUCCCGCCCUUGUUCUCUCUGACAUGGAGAGUUGUCGAACAGAUGUGGACUACGUGCGCAAGGAGUUGGAGGAGACGACUUGGCAUGUGGUGCAUCCCUACAGCAGCGCUGAGUUCCCUGGCGUGGUAGAUCCCAGAAUCAAUGUCACCGUCACAUGGUUUCUAGAUCAGCUGGACACGGAGAACUCCACGUGGUCUUUUGUGAAGGCGCCUCUGGCAGAUGGUGGACACUUGCCGCAGCUGCCGCACCUCAGCUCACCCGAGGAGCUGCAGGCCGUGGCUCGUGGGGCCCAGCCUUUGCUGGCCAGUCCUGGGGCGGUCUGGCUGUGCAUUGGACCAUACUGGAUGUCAAACAAUGUCGGCGCAGCUUCCUUUUGGAAGGACUACGAUGCGCAGACGCGGUACAAGCACCUGAGCGGGCAGAAGGAGCAAUCCUUCCGGGCCCUGACGGAUGCGCAGAGAGCUGUUCAGCCAAGGGAAGAGCUAUGCCCCACUGUUCUCCAGGCGACGUAUGUGCGCGAGCAUGUUGCUACUCCGCUGGCCCCGACACCAGAGGCCGGAGCCGAAUGCCACCGCUUCCAGUAUCUUGUGAGUUGGAGCGGCUGGGCGAUCCCGGAAGGUGCAAUGGUUGGGAAAGCCCCCGACAAGAUGGACAGCAAGAAGGCCUUUGAGAUUCCAGGUCUACAGGCGCGGCCUUACCAUGACGACGAGCUUCAGGUUGCCUUUGAGAUCAUCGACCUCGAUCGCCAUGGCGAGAUUGGCGCUGCGGACAUCCGGAGAGCUCUCCGGCUAUGCGGCGAGAGCGAGCCAACAGAUGCGGAGAUUCAGGAGAUGAUCCGCUUGAUGGAUCCAGACGGCAGCGGCUCCAUUGAGUUCCCCGAGUUUCGGCGAUACUUUGUGGAUCCACCUCCGCUGUUUCGGAACUUCGACCUCCAUCGUCGCGGUGGUGGUGAGCGAGACCUCGAGGAGGAGGAGGGUGAAGGCGAGCCGCUUCCAGCAAUCGAGGACACAAUGGAGAUGGAAGAGCAUACGCUGGAGGGCGUGCAGCGGUCGGACAAAAAGAAGAAGUUCACCGUCAAGGCGGCUGAGCAUUCCAGUGAUCCGCGCUUCAAGCACAUCAAGACCCUUGUGAAGGGUGGCAUCACACCUGAAAUCAUCCGUGAUAUCUACCAAAGCUUUGUGGAGCUUGACGAUAGCGAUUCUGGCUACAUGUCAUUUCAGGCGUUCUGCAAAGUCUUCAGACAGAAGCCUUCACCGGACAUGCGGGAGAUUUUCGACGCAUUUGAUGCAGAGCACGAGGGUGAGCUCGACCUCCGACAGUUUGUCAUCGGGCUUUCCACGUGCGCCAUGCAUCCCUCGGAUCCUUGA